AUGACAGGGGAAAACAACAGACCCUUUGAACAUGAAUUCCCGGCGCCGGGGAUAUUGCAAUCAAAACAUCGUUAUCCUUGGCUGGUUUAUCUUCACGGUGAACGCCGCCAAAACCAAACCUUUUGUGACUUAUCAUCAUCAUCUUCAGAUUUAAUCUCCAAGAGUAUUCCAGAAUUCCGGGACAGAAAAGUUCUGUACUGUUCCCCUGAUGGCAAUUGGUUACUUAUGCUCCAGAAAAAGAACCGGAUUGGGAGCAAGCAACGGUUUUUCUUGUGGAGUCCUCCGAGGGAUCUGUCAAUUAGGCUACCUCGACUAAGACAAGAUCUACAAGGUAAUACAAUUCAUCAAGGAUUGGUGACCUCCCCUGAUCCCAACUCGAUUUUGGUACUUUUGUUUGUCACUGAGAUUCCUUUGAUGUUAUAUUGUCAUGUUGGUGACCAGAAUUGGUGCGAAUUCAAUUAUGCACAAAGCAUUGAAGCUCAAGCUGGUAGACCUGUUAGACAAGUUAUGGAUGAUGGGCAACAACCUCUUGGUGUACCUGUUUGUGGCAUGGAUGAUGAACAACAAUCGAGCAGUGUUUGUGGCAUGGAUGAUGAACAACAAUCGAGCAGUGUGUCUGUUAGUCCCUUGGUUGAUUCACCAAUAGACCUAAACGGAAAGAGCAACACAACAGGUUUCUUGAACGACAAGAGGAGAAGAAGCAGAAAACAAAGUAAGAGGGAAAGGACCUCAUUGUGUGACGUAUCAGCAGAGGUACUUGGCUUGAUAUCAGGGAAACUACCUUUAGUUGAUUACAUGUAUUUUCGUGGUGUCAGUAAGCAUUGUGCUUCCGGCAAUAUUGGGAUGAGAAUGAAUCCUUUCCCUCCAUCCUUGAUAUACAAGGACAAGCUCAGUGAUGUGUACAAUAUAGUCGAUUCCAACCUUAAUCGAAAACUCGCCAUCAAAACUCCCAAGGUCCUUGAAAGGUGUGAGAUUGCAUGCUCCAGAUUUGGUUGGCUACUCCUGAGGUCCCAACUACAAAGUGCUUUCUUUAACCCAUUGACCAUCCAAGUUGUCCCUGCAGGGGGUAAGCCUGAAAGUACUGCUGGGUAUGGUAUUUUGAACUCCACCUUCUUAAGAAAGCCAUCUUCUCCCCAUUGUUCGAUUCUAGCAAUGUUACAAUUCACAACACGGGGCAAGUCAUACUUUGCUAAACGCUCUCCACAACCACGGAAACCAGAAUGGCAGGUAUUUGGUCUGGGAAAACAGGGCCUUCGACGAGUUUUCUCCCCAGGUGGAAGUAGUCCAGUUUUUCUGGGAGAAUUUUGUUACUAUUUAGGCGAUAAUGGGAUACUUGGGCGUGGCAAAUUGACUAAAAAGGGAAAACCACCCUUCUGCUGGAAAGUUUUGGAGGACCUUGUAUUUCCUGUCGUGAACUUUAGGCACAACUAUCUAACUGAGAGUGGUGGAGAGCUUGUAUCCGUUCUGUUGGGUGACGAUGAUCAAGGAAACAAACCUUGGGUUCGAGUUUUCAAGCUGAAGGAUGAAAAGACGUGGGAAGAAAUCAAUUCAUUGGAAGGGUAUUGUUUAUAUUUGAGCUCACCAUCAUCGAUAUCUUGUCUUGCAGAAACGCCAGAAGUGGCGAAUAGAAUCUACUUUCCCAUGUUUUAUAGACAUGAAAUGGUCUAUUAUUCUUUGAACACCAAGACGUAUCGUACUGCAGGGAGUGAUCAGGAAUUGCAGACCCUUAAUGAAACCAGCACGUACUUGGAUUGUGCUUGGAUUGAACCAAGUUGGACCUGA